GCACUGACUUUGUGUGAAAUGAGAAUACAAGAAACACGAAUCGGAGAGAGAGAAUGGCAGGACAUGAGGAAUUUGUGGGAGCAGACAAUGCCGAAGCUAUAAUAACCAGAAUCGAGCACAAGUCUCGCAAGAUCGAGAGCUUACUCAAACAGUAUAAACCAGUUGAAGCUCUCAAAACUGCUCUCGAAGGCUCACCUCCCAAGACCAGAGACGAAAGAUGCAAGUCUGCGAAUUGGAUAGUGGUGCACAGGGCAAUCAUGGCUAUAAAAGAUGUGGAUGGAAUGUUCUCUUCGUUGGAUCCUGAGUACUACGAUAUCCUCAUGAAGUACUUGUAUAGAGGCUUGUCUACUGGAGAUCGUCCCACCUGUGAUCAAUGCCUACGAAUUCAUGAAAAGCUGACAGAGAGGGCUGGUUUAGGUUGUAUACUGCGAUCCCUUGCUGAUACUGUAAAUACAGUUUGAUACCUGUUACUCCUUGCAUCCAUCUUAAAGGAGGAUAUCUGGAUAUAUAUAUAAUAAAUCAUUUGUUUGUUGUCUUGUCAA